CAAAGCCGUGUUUCUCCUCCUUGGCCAGAGGAACCCAGCACCAUUAACACCCGAUUCAGACCAGUGCCCGUUUGUCCCAAUCCACUUUCUCUCUCUUGGUUCCCCUAAGAACUUCAGCCACUUUAGGUGGCUGACCUCUCCCUCUCUUUCUUAAAAACACAACAUAGGGAAAAGGAAAUCAAGAGAGAGAAAGAGUUAGAGAGAGAAAAAUCACUCUUGGGGCGUCCAGCUAGAGACAGAAUGGAGAAGCUUUUGGCGAGAAUCAUUCUAGUUAUAAUGGCCAUUGCGUUUAUUUUAAUGAUUGUGAGGCAAUACCAAUCAGAAAGCAGAGCCAAAGAUGAAAGAGAAAGGGAACGGGAACGGGAACGUCAGGCCAGCAAUGGCACCAGUCGUUACCAAGUGAGGAGCAAUCUACAUUAUGACUCGGUCCUACAGACUCGAGCCCAUCGAUCUCUGGUCGAUGACUCAGUCUUGGAGGCUCGAGCUCAUCAAUCUUGGCUUGAGGCCCAAGCAGCAUACGAGCCUGACCCUGAGGCCGUUUCCCGCAACCUCACCCACCUUGUCCAUAUGGAGUUGCCCUCUGGAAACCACAUGAGGCGGCAACUUGGCCGGCGAUGGCACGGGCCAUGCGUGGCCACCAACCCAAUCGACAGGUGCUGGCGGUGCGAUCAGAAAUGGCACACAAAUCGCAAAAAGCUCGCCGAUUGCGCAAUGGGGUUCGGACAACAAGCCCUAGGAGGAAAGUAUGGCAGAUACUAUGUUGUCACAGAUCCUUCAGACAAUGACCUGCUAAACCCUAAACCAGGCACCCUUCGCCAUGCUGUGAUCCAAAAUGAGCCCCUAUGGAUCAUAUUUCAGCGUGAUAUGGUCAUAAAACUAACUGAAGAGUUGAUGGUCAAUAGUUUCAAGACUGUAGAUGGGAGAGGAGCAAAUGUGCACAUAGCCUAUGGAGCAUGCAUCACGAUUCAAUAUGUGAAAAAUGUUAUAAUCCAUGGUCUCCAUAUACAUGAUUGCAAGGCUGGGAAUGGGGGAAUGAUAAGGGACUCUGAGGACCAUUUUGGAAUUAGGACCAGGAGUGAUGGGGAUGGUAUCUCUAUAUAUGGGUCUACCAAUGUUUGGGUGGAUCACAACACAUUGAGUAAGUGCCAAGAUGGGCUUGUGGAUGCCAUCAUGGGCUCUACGGCUAUCACCAUAUCUAACAAUCAUUUUUCCAAACACGAUGAGGUGCUAUUGUUGGGUGGAAGUGAUCUUUACCCAAUGGACAAGGUCAUGCAAGUGACUGUGGCCUUCAAUCACUUUGGCAAAGGGCUUAGUCAAAGAAUGCCUCGUUGUAGAUUUGGAUACUUUCAUGUUGUCAACAAUGAUUAUACACAUUGGGGCAAAUAUGCCAUAGGAGGGAGCAUGAACCCCACAAUACUAAGCCAAGGCAAUCGCUUUGUUGCCCCUCUUGAUCCAUACUUUAAGGAGAUAACUAAGAGAUUUGGACCAGAUUUGGAUUGGGGAAGCUGGAAUUGGAAAUCAGAGGGUGAUUUAUUUAAGAAUGGUGCCAUUUUCACACAAUCGGGAAAUGGGAGAAAAUAUGAAAGGAAAAUCAGCAUACGUGCCAAGCCAGGAUCUUAUGUAGGCAUCCUUACACGCUUCUCUGGUGCUUUGAAGUGCAAGACAGGGACACCAUGUUGAUAAAAACCAUUUAUGAUAUCAGUGUAAAUCAUAUUAAGCAAGGAUCUUGAUGAGCAGGAAAUGAGACAAACAAGCUACACCAGACAAUUUUGGGGUUUGCAUUAAUUAAUUAUUUAUUUAUUCAUUCAUUCAUUAUUAUUUAUUUUUAUUUAUUUCUUUUAUUUUUUUUUCUUGGGUUGGGGUAGUGGAUUGUGACAAAAGAACAAAAUUGAAAGAGGAUAAGGCAUUGGAGCAUUGUAUACUCAUUUGCUCUAAAAGAUUGAGCAAGAAUGUUAGUUACUGUCCAUAAUCACAUCUCUGAAUUGCAUGACAGAUGUCAAUUAACUUUUUUAUGGAUCGGAUGUGAAUGCUUUUGAUUGUCCA